AUGAUUGGAUUUGGUUUAAAAGUGAGACCUGGCAUUAACAUAUUAUGCGUUUCAGUUACCGAAUUGAAUGAUUUUCAAAUCACAGAAACUGAAUGGCAAAUACUCGAAAAAAUACAUAAGUUUUUAAUAAACUUUAAACUUUUAUCAACGAAACUUGGUGGAGAAAAAUAUGUUACAUUACCGCUAGUCAUUGUAUCAUUCAAUCUAUUGCUUGAUAAAAUUGAAUCCAUGGUAAAACAAUUAGAUGAGAAACCUAAUCGAACUGAAGUGGAUGAAAGGCUCAUUUUAGGUUUCCAAGCAGCCCGAGAUAAAAUGCUUAAACAUUAUAAGAAGAGCAACUGGAUUUACUGUACAACUUUAAUUUUAGACCCAAGGCACAAAGCUCAGACUUUUGAUAUUACAUUAUGGGGGCAGCAAAUUAAAACAGAAAGCCUGCACAAAUUUAAUGAACUUUAUAAAGAAUAUAAAAGUCUACACGUACAGCAACACUCGGUGUCUAAAUCUCCAGAAUUACCAAGAAAUGAAAACAAAGUAUGUGAGGAUGAAGAAUAUGAAGAUGUAAUAGACUUCGAGAAACUGUAUGCAUGUCCCUCUACGUCGUCAUCUGGAUCUUGUCUUCAAGGCUUAGUUACUGACGAGUUGGAGGAGUAUCUAAGUAAACCGAGAGCCGCCAGCUCAGACGAUAUUUUAGAGUGGUGGAGGACGCAUGAGACGGAAUAUCCGAUUUUAUCCAAGAUGGCUCGUGAUUUUCUUUCGAUAUCUGCAACUUCAGUACCUGCUGAGAGAUUAUUUUCUAAAGCAUCGUUAGUAAUUAGAAAACAUAGAAAUAGAUUAAGUGAUGAAUCACCCAGGUGGUUACUUUGUAUUUAUUCUUGGUCAAAAGAAUUAAUAUAA